CGGGACGGGGUGUAAGGGCCGGCGCCGCGGCGAGGGGGCGGCGGGCCGUCGGGGGGGAGCGGGGGGCGCCGCACCCCCUGCCCGCCCCUCGGCGCCGGGGGAGCGGGGCGAGCUGGAGGCGGAAAGUUGGGGAGAGAAAUGUGAAUCCAAAUGGAGCAGUCGGAAGGAGGCGAGCAGAGCCAGCGGCGGCAGCAGCAGCCCUGGGGGAAGCUGAUCCGGCUGGGUGCUGAUGAGGCAGAGCCGCACGUCCUGCUGCUGAAAAGAGAGUGGACAAUUGGUCGGAAGAAAGGUUGUGACUUAUCUUUCCCUGGCAACAAGUUAGUGUCUGGAGAUCACUGUAAAAUCAUAGUGGAUGAAGAAUCUGGUCAAGUGUCAUUGGAAGAUACAAGUACUAAUGGAACAGUAAUUAAUAAACUGAAAGUGGUGAAGAAGCAGACAUACCCUUUACAGACUGGGGAUGUGAUCUAUGUUGUUUACAGAAAAAAUGAGCCAGAGAACAAUGUUGCUUAUCUUUAUGAAUCCUUAAACACAAAGCAUGAUGCAACUCAAGAACCAGUAGAAGUUAAUGUAGAAAACCAAUGCCAUGUGACCAAAGAUACCUCAAGUACAGGAAGAAGUAAUGAUGAGACCCAAAUUACCUCAUCACCGUCAGCUACUCAGUCUUGCUAUGAGGAACCACAGCCAUCUACUUCUACAUCUAACCUCUUUAAUGCUUCUUCUACCUCUCUUAUUGAGUCUGCGUCUGUUCAGCAGGAUAAUCCUUCUACAUCUGGAUCACAAUCCUCAGUUUUCGCUCCUGUGCCUGCUUUCCCCAUCUUAGAAUCUGUGUGUCUAAGAGCACUGCAUGACGAACAUGAAAAGCUGGAUAUGAAUACUGAAACUUCUGCAAUCGCUUCAGAAAUCACUGACAAAGAAAAAGCAGAAUCGGAUUCUCAAACAACAGGGGAGGAGGAAGGUUUGGAACCUGCGAAGAAGAAACUAAAAGGAGAUGAAGAUGCUUGUCCAAAUCUUCCACCAGCAGCUCCAAGUGAAUGUAUAAUUAAAAUUGGCUCUGAAGAUGCAAAAACAUCAAAUGUGAAGCCCGAUAAGAUGGAAGAAACACUAACGUGCAUUAUCUGCCAAGAACUGCUGCAUGACUGUGUAAGCUUGCAGCCUUGUAUGCAUACUUUUUGUGCUGCCUGCUACUCAGGAUGGAUGGAAAGAUCUUCUCUAUGUCCAACUUGUCGUUGUCCAGUAGAACGUAUUUGCAAAAAUCACAUAUUGAACAACUUGGUUGAAGCUUAUCUGAUUCAGCAUCCAGAUAAAUGUCGUAAUGAAGAUGAUGUACGUAGCAUGGAUGCUAGAAACAAAAUUACUCAAGACAUGUUGCAACCUAAGGUGCGAAGAUCUUUUUCAGACGAGGAAGGAAGUUCUGAAGAUUUGUUGGAAUUGUCAGAUGUAGAUAGUGAAUCUUCAGAUAUCAGUCAACCAUAUAUAGUAUGCAGACAGUGCCCAGGGUAUCGAAGACACUCUGUUCCAACUCUACCUGGCACAGGCCAAGAGACAGAAGCAGGAGGAAUGCAAGCGCUGGGAGAUGCACCAUCUACAUCAGCCAACUUCCCUGCGGCUGUCCAGGAAUAUGUGUGCCCUGCUCAAGGAAGUCAUGUAAUAUGCACCUGCUGCUUUCAGCCAAUGCCCGACCGAAGAGCAGAGCGUGAACAGAAUCCUCAUGUUGCUCCUCAGCAAUGUACAGUUUGUCUGCAACCCUUCUGUCAUUUAUACUGGGGCUGCACUCGGAUGGCGUGUUUUGGCUGUUUGGCGCCAUUCUGUGAAAUAAAUCUUGGUGAUAAGUGUUUAGAUGGAGUCCUAAAUAACAACCACUACGAGUCAGAUAUCCUAAAGGAUUACCUGGCAUCCAGGGGUUUGACAUGGAAAAAUAUGUUAAAUGAAAGUCUUUUAGCUCUUCAAAGAGGAGUUUUUAUGUUGUCAGAUUACAGAAUUACUGGGAACACAGUGCUUUGCUACUGUUGUGGCCUUCGCAGCUUUCGAGAACUUGCCUACCAGUACAGGCAGAAUAUUCCUGUUGCUGAAUUGCCAGUGACUGUCACAUCACGUCCUGAUUGCUACUGGGGGCGCAACUGUCGAACUCAGGUCAAAGCACAUCAUGCCAUGAAAUUCAAUCACAUUUGUGAACAAACACGAUUCAAGAACUGAAUACUUGUAGUCGUAGAGAGGGGACAAAAACCUGUUACAUGCUUGUACAGUUUAAGGUUUCAGGGGAUCUUCUCAGUUCCCCCAUAGCAGGGACUCAGUAACUUUUGCAUCAGGUAAUCUGGUGUGAACUUUUUGAUUUGUAGAAUUUUACAGCUGUACAUGAAUAAGGUAGUUUUUCUUUUUUUCCAAGAAAGUCCAGCAAGCAUUGCAUUCCAUCCUCAUGACUACAGUGUCCCUGUAUCACUUCAGUGAAGAACACAAACCGAAAUCACACACACAAAAACCAGCCAUAUCUUGGGAAGACCUAAGAAUAAGGAGUGUAUUUGCACUACUUGUGAAGAAACUAAGAAAAAUCCUUAGACUUAAAAUAGAAAUGUUUUGUAAAAGUAUCUGAUGGAUAUUUCAAGAGCCAUUAAUAUUUAAGAAGGAAAUUGUCAGUGUAUAUUUGUAACUGCAUUUUGCGGUAGCCUGAUAUUUUGUCACUACCCUUUGCGUUUGGGCUAGAAACCACAUUAAUACUCACUUAAAAAAAAAAAAAUCCGUCCAUUAAACAGCUGUUUCAACUUAAAGCUCCUACCAUAUGUGCAGUGUUAUACUGAAAGGAGUACAGUUUCUUUUCUUAGUUUAGUUGUGUUGAUGUUUUUAUUCAUAUUAAAUUACAAAUGUAAUUGCACAAAAAUUUGAAAAUCACCUUUAAAGUUGGGGUAAUACUUGAAGCAGAACAGACUUCUGCUAAUAUUACUUCUUUUAGUGUUUUAUAUCAGAAGACCAAACAGUGCUUUUGACAUAGAGCAGCCAGUAGGACACACUGGUUCGUUUUUUGGUUUUUUUUUUUUUAUUUCUUUUUUGGUUUGAUAUUGUAUGCUAAAUAUGUACCUCUGCCAUGCAGCUGUUCUCUAGCAUGCAGACACUGGUGAAAAUGUAGAAAAAGCUAUAACUUAAAACAGAAAAUAGCAGCCUUACUGGAAGGAACAAUCUUACAGGAAAUGAUUCAGUUUGGACAAAUUGUAGCAAUAUGGAGGCAUUUCUGGAUUGAUAGAGGGAUGAUGAAGGGGAACGCUGGUGUCACUGACAAAAAAAAAAAAUGUAGAUUUUAUUUUCAUGCCUUCUGUGGAGCUCGUUCAGGAAAUGUCCCAAGCAUCAUUUAAAGAAAUAAAUUUAAAAAAUCCCAGCAUAACCCACCACCCCCAAAUUCACACGAUCUGAUCUCUCUCAUCAUAUUCAUUAUAAUCUGUUAGCUAAUGUUCACAAACCUCGACUGGGACCAAUUUUUCUUUUUCAUCAUACCUAGAAGAGCGAAACAGAAUGAGAAGAAAGCAUACAAAGUUACCUCUGUAGAUACCAUGUUGUUUUUACAUAUGCCUUAUUUUAUGAGCAGGAUUUAUACUGCAAUGCUAAAAAGUGUACACACAUUAUCUUGUGAUAUAAUGGAGCACAAAUGAUGCAGCACAUCGUGUCUACUGGUGUCAGUGAAUCAAACAACUAUUUCCAGUAAUGCACAUCUUAAUAUGAAUGCUAAUUAGAAUGAUGCAUUUCUGUUUAGAUUUUUAUUUUUUAAAAGAGCUGUCGCAAGGAUGGGUCUGUUGACCAUGCCCGUGUGCUAUUAAAAAUACACUUUGGUGUGGACUUCUCUUGUAAUCUCUGGGCAUUUUCUCCUGUGAGUAGGAUUGAAAUUGGAUCUGGAAUAAUACUUGAAACUUCUUUUAACAACAGCAGUGUGUUUCUGUCUUUUAUAUUAUUAACAAUGUUCUGUUGCUUCUGUAUUUGUAUUUUAUGUUUAGAUUUUUUUUUAAUGGUUAUUGUAUCUUCUCAGGACAACCAUUCCCAGCUGGUUUUGAUCUCAUUUUCAUCUCUGGCUGUGCAUGUAGCAAAUUGAGUGCAGUUGUGGAGAUCAAGCCUUUGCACAUUAUAUGCAGAAAUGUGCUUUGCGUUCUCAUUCACCACUUCCCACACCCCAGAUGGGCUUUCAGCAUAGACUUGUCACUGUGCUAGUGUUCAAGCCUCUUGUGCUGAAUUUUUUUUGAUGGUCAAGAAUAGUGUGUCUGCAGUACUAUGUACAACCUUGCUUGCACUUACUCAAGUUAUGUUUGUGUAGGGAUGUAUUAUGUGACUUUAAGAAAAAAAAAAUUGGGGGAAAAAAACCAACAAACAACAAAACUCAUGUACUUAACAUCUUAAACUACCUGUGCAGUAGAGGGUCUUGAAAUUCCUUUUAUAAACCGCUCUUCCUUUUCCCUGUUACAGAUAAUUAAUCUGCCUUUCUAUGCAUAUAGGGUUGCGGUAGUGCAAUGGAACGAAGGGAUUUUUUUGGUCAUUUAUAUUGUACCAGGAAGAGAUGAGAAAUUAACUGGUAGAUGGGGAGGGUGAGUGAAUCCUGAUCUUUAUAUGCUCUUAAGUAAGUAAGAGUAUCUGUCAUGGGUAUUACAUACUCUAUACAUUAGACCUUUUUAAAUGUAUGGUUACCAGGUGAUAGUUAAUGUGAUAAAUGUAUGAACUAUGCUUGGUGUAAUUGUUUAAAUACUGUAAAGGUGCAGCAUAUUUUUAACCUGUCUAAAGCACACCCCCACCUCCUUUAUAAGAGAUACUUGGAAGCUGAGCAUGAAACGUGGUAGAAUAGAUGUUGUGAAAACCGAGGUGAUUAUGGUAGAGUUUGACAUAGUGGUGAACAAGGUAUAUAGUCUCUCUCUUUGAGAAAGCUCUUUUAUAAAGAAGGUGGAGCGUAGUUCUUCCAGUUCUCUUUUGUGAUUUAUUUUUUUUCCUGAACUAAGAAGUUAUUAAUUAAAAAAAAAAAAAAAAAGAUAUUCACUGAAGUUGUCUGUUUCUUCUGUGGCAUAUUCUGUCACCACAGAAAUGGAUCUGUGCAACACUUUCUAAUGCUCGGUCAAGCUAUUGGUUAUUUUAAAGUUGAGAUUUUACAACUAAAUAUCAUCCUUGAAUUUGUAGUAUCUGAAAAUGACAGGAGUUUUUCUGUCAUUCCAAGAAAUUCUCUCCAACUUUCUUAAGUGUCAGCUCACAAAGGAUCAUCAGUAUCUCUGCAGAGUGAUAUAAGCCAAAAACUAUUAAGUAACAAGAUGAUUUCAGAGUGCUGAAAGCCAAAACUAUUAAGUAACAAGACGAUUUCAGGGUGCUAGUAAAUAACAAAAGUUUACUACUCUUAAAAAAAGUGGAUACCAUUUUAAUUUCUUGCAACACCAUAAACACUGAAGUGAGAAGCAUGAUAGCACUAUUGAUUUAACAGCAGGCUGGAGAAAAUGAUUGUUACAUUGUGUUCGUCUUUACAAUGAUCUAAUUUGUGUAAAUGAUAAGAUUUC